AUGAAUUUAAAACCGCCUGCACAAGUCAGCAAAAAGGACAUGCCCUUAACGAAAUCGGUGAAGUCCUUUAUAAACCCAUCUUCCCUAUUAAAAAAUAAAGGGAAAUUAGCACCAAUUCUUCAAAAAAGCAGAAUAGAAGAAAAGAAAGGCAACGAUAGCAAUAGUGAAAGUAGCCAAAUGAAAUCAAAAAUGGAAAUAUCUCAAUUGAAACCAAAGGAAGAAAUCAUGUCGAAGAUAAAAACUCCUGGUCCAAAAUUUAAAGCACUGGACAUCAAGUUUAAACAAAUGUUGCCAAAACUAAAAACGACAAAAUCAAUGUCCAAAAUGACAGAAGCAAAAACAAAAGUACUAAAACCAAAGGUAAAAAUACCAGAAUUAAAAUUUAAAGAAAUGAAACCUAAGGUAAGUCUGUUAGAGGUACUGAAUAAACAGGAUAAAAACAAAAAAGGACUGGGAGGUAAAAUGAUGUCCACAAAAUCAAAGAUAUAUGGGAAAAACACACCAAAAAAUAGCCCGUUCUAUGAUUCAGGCGAAGAGCAAUAUGACGAAGGAAGUGGUAACACCAACACGAGGGAGAGCGAUAAGGAUGAUUAUAAUGACGAUAACAAGGAUAAAGAUGAUAAUAACGAUGAUAAUGAUGAUAACAACGAUAACUACAAUAACGACGAUAACGACAAUAACGACGAUAACGACAAUAACGACGAUAACGAUGAUAACGACGAUAACGAUGAUAACGAUGAUAACGACGAUAACGAUGAUAACGAUGAUAACGAUGAUAACGAUGAUAACGACAAUAAUUAUGGAAGUAACGGUAAUAACUCCAGCGGUGAACCCCCGAGAAGGGGCACAUUAGGCAAAAACAAAUACUUUGAAAAAGUUAACAUCCUUGCUAAAUUAAAGAGUCAAGCGUUCAAGUCCAAAAGUUUAAAGUCAAAUAGCCCUUCUUCUAAGACUGUAGGAAAAACAAAGUUACUGCCCCAUUGCGUAAAUGAAAAAUCUAAAAAGGCAGUUCACCCCUAUGUAGAAGCAAGUUCGUUUACAAGUAAAUACAGUAAAUUAUUUUCAAAAGAAUUGUCAAAAGAUGUAUUGUUAAACAUAAAAAAAGAAAUACCACAUAAGAUAGCAAAUAACAGCAUAAUGAAAAUUAGAUCUAAUACUUCAUUAAAAGGAUAUAAAAAUGAGAACAAAACAGUUACAAACAUUAAUAUUAACAAAACGGGGGAGAAUAGGUAUGAGGAGCAUAUUAACAAGAUAAAUAAAAACAGUACAAUGGUUGGAUUACCAGAAGACGAAAUGCCUAUCGGACCAUUGUCAACCUUUAAAGAAAGUAAACUACUACAUAAUACACAUUAUAUAAAUGCAUUUUCAAGAUAUGAUGGAAAUUAUGUAGGUAAAGUGACAGGACCUCCUAUUUCUAUUUCUGCUUUAGAUAAAACUCCACAGAAUCAAAGCGAAAAAAAAUAUUUCGGAGAAGACACUCAUAGGAACACCGUGCAAUCGUAUGCAUUAUCACCAUUUGGAAAUUGCACCCAUAUGAUGAACUUUCCUCCUUACAAUUUUAGCACUAUCGAUAAUUAUGGUAAUAGUAAUAAUAUAAUGAUGACGAUGAUGAAUGGAAACGAGCAAAGGGGGCCCUCUUUUUUUUACCCAAAUGUUCCGUAUAUACCUGUAUGUAUAUAUGAUCCAACAUAUAACGACACAAAUACUGGAAUGUACUCAUUAGAAAACAAAAGAUGGAAUGAACAAAUUAGCACUAAUAAGGGUAAGGAAAAGAGCAAAAAUGAAAAAUAUGUAAACGGACGAAAAAAGGAAAAAGGUACAAACAACAAUAGCAUAAUGGUGGCUGCUGGUCAUCUGAAACCUUUACAGUUUAGAAAUGGAGUUGAAUGGAGUAGUGAAGAUGAAAAAUAUUUAAACUGUGAUAUAACUUUGGAGGAGCUAAGAGCAGAGGAAGAAGAAAAAAAGAAAAAAAAAAAAAAAAAAGUAAAAGAAAAAAAAAAAGAAAAAAUGAAAAAAAAUAAAAACAGCAAUAGAAGCAAAAAUAGAAGUAAUAACAAAUACAUUGGGAAUUCUAAGUGGUAUGAUAUCGAGCACAGGUUAAACAAUUGUAGAGGAGUCCUUGAACAUUGCAAUUAUAGUUAUUAUAAAGAAGAGAACACAGAUAAAUGCGAAAGUGAAGAUACGUACAAAUGCAAGGAUAACACUAAGUAUGUCGAGGAGGAGGGAAGCGGUUACAGCGACGAGGAAAGUUUCUAUAGCUAUAAUCAAAGAAGUGAGUGCAGAUGUGCAGACGGAACUGCAUAUGAUAACGAGGGUCGCUACAAUUAUUUGCUCCGAAAAAAUAGUGAUAAAUUAAUAAAGGGGGAAAAAAUAAAAAGAAAAGAUGGGCAUAAUAAAAAAAAAAGCAUUGAAGACAAGUAUAAUUUCGAUUAUGAUGAUAUAUACAAAAAUUAUAAAAUAGAAUAUUUAAAAGAGAAACUAAAAUGGGCAAAUGAAUAUUUAAAUAGGAAAGAAGAAGAACAAACGAUAGAUAAUAACAAUUCGAUAGAUGAUGAAACUCCUGUUGUAAGGAAAAAACAAAAGCAACGUUUAGAUGAUAUUGCGCAUUUGUUUUUACCGAAAAAAAAUAAGCACGAAAACCUAUUUGAUUUAUCAAUGAAUUUUUCGAAAAUACCUAACAACGAUCAGAAUGAUAUCAUUAGUAUGCUUUUCUCAUGUAGAGAAUUAGAAAAACUUAUUGAAGAACAACAUUGUGUUCUUGACAUGUUAGACAAUGACUUGCGACAAGUAAAUGCAUCAUUAAAAUUACCUGCUACUUGGGAUAACUUUGAAAAUUUUGAAAUAUUACAAGAGAAUAUUUUAAAUGACGAAGAAGAUCAUGGUUUACCUUUAAAUAAUACUCCUCUAUUCCUAAAGGGGAAAGUUGCUUUGAUACCAAAAAAUUUAGAAGUAUUCUUUGAUAAAACGGAAUUAAAAAACGAAAAGGAAGGAGUCAAAGAAAUAGUGAGUAACGGUUGUCCUUCACAUCAAGCAGCGGCCAGUAAACCAACCAAUAAACCCACCACUACACCAGCGAACGCUGCAGCUACUGUUAAGUAUAUGCCAAAAUUUACGAAGGCCAAGGUAAAACCAAAAGUUCCUUUAUUAUUAAAAAAUGCUUAA